CUGAGGUGCAGCUGCUCGAAUGCACCUUGGUCGUCUUUCUCCAUAUAUAUGUAUACCGCUGCUCUCAAAUCUUUGAACAGAGUCUCUACCGGGAAACCGGAGCACGAGUGCAGCUGUUUCUUAUAUCUUUAUGGAGCAAUGAGGGGAGAGUGGUCCGUCCGUCGACCUUGUAAUGGGCCGAUUCAGCGCGCUAGGGUUUCUGCCCAGGUCCCUUUUGCUGCAGGCUGCAUCAGGACAACUUGUACCUCAUGCCACUAGGUUGUCUCAGGGACAUGCAACGGAAAGAAGAGAUGGAUUCUUACCGUUUCUGAAAUUACUUUCUAACAGCUCUACAUCAUUAAAUGGACGUGCUCAGUUUCUUAGAGGACCUGAUGUCUUUUUUAAAGCUGCCAAAACAUUUCCAAUCAGAUCCUUUCAUUUCACAGGAUCUAGUAAUGCUAUGGAACGAGACUACUAUGAAAUUCUCGGCGUCUCGAAUAAUGCUUCACCAGAGGACAUCAAGAAAGCAUUCCACAAUCUUGCCAAAAAAUAUCACCCAGAUGCAAAUAAGAAUAAUCCUGCAGCGAAGAGAAAGUUCCAAGAAAUUAGAGAAGCAUAUGAGACACUGCGUGAUUCUGAUAAAAAAGCACAAUAUGACAUGGGAUUCUCUAGUGGAGCUGAGAGCAUAUCAUAUGAUAGUGAGGAUACAGCCAAGUACAAUCGCACCAAAAAUGAUCCUUUCUCCUCCACAUUCUACAAAGUUUUUUCAGAGGUUUUUGAAAGUGAGCGAGAGACAUAUGCAGCUGACAUUCAGGUAGAGUUGAAUCUAUCUUUUGAUGAAGCUGCCAAGGGCUGCACAAAGCAGAUUUCUUUGAAGGCACAAGUUCCUUGUGAUUCAUGCAUUGGAAGGGGUCAUCCUAUCAAUGCAAAGGUGUUGACAUGUCCUACGUGUAGAGGUACUGGGAAGGUUAUAGUUUUUCCGUUCACAUCCACAUGUGGUUCUUGCAAAGGAUUUGGUAGAAUAAUUAAGGACCUCUGCAUGAUAUGCAAAGGAUCAGGUGUUGUUGAUGGUGUUAGGAGUGUUAACGUUACCAUUCCUUCAGGUGUUGAUUCUGGUGAUACAAUUAAAGUGCCAAAAGCUGGAAGUCAGGGCGGGCGGGGUGUUCGUCCUGGAGAUCUUCUUAUCAGGCUUCAGGUAGCAAGAAAUCCUAUUUUCCAUAGAGAUGGUGCUGAUAUAUAUGUGGACGCCAAUAUUAGUUUCACACAGGCAAUUCUUGGUGGCAAGACCGAUGUACCAACACUGUCUGGAAAGACACAGGUCAAAAUACCAAAGGGAGUACAACCAGGCCAACUGUUGGCAAUGAGGGGGAGAGGACUGCCAAAGCACAUUGGGUCUUCCAGUCAUGGUGACCAGUUUGUGAGAUUCCGUGUGCACUUUCCUUCAUCAGUAAAUGAGCGCCAACGAGAAUUACUGGAGGAAUUUGCCAAGGAAGAAGUACUUCAUGAAAACAGUGAAUUUACAGAUGAAAACUGGUGGCGACAGUUCAUUAAUUAUUUAAACGGACAUCAGUUCCUGCUUGGGAUUUCCUUUCUUUUGUUGCUCCAGUUGUUGCUGAGCAGAAGUGUGAGCUAAAGUUCUUAUAUAUGUGAUGGAAGGACCUGCAUCAUAAUGGCUUAAUGGAGCACAAAAUCAGCUAAGUGUCUUAGGCUGAGUCGGAUUUCGUAUGUGGAGGUACCAAUCCGUGAGAAUUUUCAGAGGCAGAUAAUUCUUUAUGAAACAGCUCAAAAGGAAGCACAGGUUACUCUGCUGUGUAAAUUCGUAGGAUAAGAUUCUAAGGCUUAAUUUAUCUUUCUCAUUAUAAAUUUAUCAAUAAAAUGUUAGUUUUUUUUUAUUGGCUACUUUUAU